AUGCAAGACUUGGAAGACGAUAAUUGUGGUGCCCACUUACUUAAAAACUUUUCCGGUACAAUUGCCUCAACGGGACAGACUUCGAUAUGUUCACAACAAGAACAACAAACAAAAAAUUUAAAUUACAAAAGAGAGAGAAAUAUUUUUGAACCUUCAUUAAAUACCCCAACAAAUUCAGAUGUAGUUUACGAAUAUGUAGAUUGGAAUAAUUUUGGAGGAGAGAAUUUUGUUGAUGAUAAAAAUACAAAAUAUAAUCAAGAUGAAGGUAAUAGACAUUAUGAUCCUGUGCCCUUAGCUCCAGAAAAUACAACAUUCUCUAUUGGAAAACCCUUCCUAUUUAAUUCCGAUAAUGAAUAUUUACAACCCAAAUCAUUAACAAUUGAUACAUCCACAAUUUCAACGAGGGCAGGUGGGAGAACAACAACAGAUUUAUUUGUGACUGAUAAUGAUCUGAUAAAAACAAGUACUAUAAUUUUAUUUGUUUUAAAUAAUACUUGGCUAGUACAUAUCUGUUUAAGGAGGAUAUUAGUGGAUGUUUCAAACGAUUUUUAA